AUGGGGAAAUCGUUAGCAUACCCAAAGCGUUCCAGCAACACUAUGAACCGAUAUAAACACCGUGGAACAUACGAUCUGGGCACAAUCCACACUAUAAUCAAUAACUCCCCAAUCCUCCAUGUCUCCUUUACCCCGGGGCCGGAUGACCCAUUCCCCGCCACGCUCCCCAUGAUCGGCCAGAUGGGCUCAUUCGACUAUCCGUCCGCAGACAUAAAUGAGCCCUUAGAUUGCUAUCUGCACGGCUACGUCAGCUCACGGAUGAUGAACCUUGCUCGUGCGGCUGACGGACAGAGUGAUCGGGAGAACAAGGGACUCCCACUUUGCAUCUCCGCCGCACACGUCGACGGUCUCGUCCUUUCUCUCACCCCAAACUCACACAGUUACAACUAUCGGUCUGCCGUGCUGCAUGGCUAUGCGCAAGUCGUGACCGAUGAGGCAGAAAAGCAGUAUGCCAUGAAGUUAAUAACUAAUAGUGUCGUCGCGGAUCGGUAUGAUAAUACACGGGUGCCGCCUAACAAGACGGAGAUGACGUCGACGACGAUAUUACGGGUGAGGAUUGUGGAUGGCAGUGCGAAGAUUAGGGAUGGAGGGGUGUCGGAUGAGAAACAUGACCAAGAGGAUAAGGAGCUUACGGCCAAGGUAUGGACGGGAGUGGUGCCUGUUUGGCAGGUGAUGGGCGAGCCGAUACCAGCGCCGCGGAAUGAGGUGAAGGAGGUGCCAGCGCAUAUUGGGGAAUAUGUUGAAAGGGUAAAUGAGAGAAAUAAGGUGUAUGCUCGCAGCGCUGCGAAAGUUGGUUUGCCAAGGGAAGAGGAGUAG